UCCGAAGCUCUCCGCGCGCCCGACAGCUCGGCCCUCGCCCGUGACCAACAUCAUGUGCGGUAUAUUUGCUUAUUUAAAUUACCAUGUUCCUCGAACAAGACGAGAAAUCUUGGAGACACUAAUCAAAGGCCUUCAGAGACUGGAAUACAGAGGAUAUGAUUCUGCUGGUGUGGGACUUGANGGAGGCAAUGACAAAGACUGGGAAGCCAACGCCUGCAAAAUCCAGCUCAUUAAGAAGAAAGGAAAAGUUAAGGCACUGGAUGAAGAAGUUCACAAACAACAAGAUAUGGACUUGGAUAUAGAAUUUGAUGUGCAUCUUGGAAUAGCUCAUACCCGUUGGGCGACACAUGGAGAACCCAAUCCUGUCAAUAGUCACCCCCAGCGCUCUGAUAAAAAUAAUGAAUUCAUUGUUAUUCAUAAUGGAAUCAUCACCAACUACAAAGACUUGAAAAAGUUUCUGGAAAGCAAAGGCUAUGACUUUGAAUCUGAAACGGACACAGAAACCAUUGCCAAGCUCGUCAAGUACAUGUAUGACAACUGGGAGAGCCAGGACGUCAGUUUUACCACCUUGGUGGAGAGAGUUAUCCAACAAUUGGAAGGCGCCUUUGCUCUUGUGUUUAAAAGUGUCCAUUUUCCCGGGCAAGCAGUUGGCACAAGGCGAGGUAGCCCUCUCUUGAUUGGUGUGCGGAGUGAACAUAAGCUUUCUACAGAUCACAUUCCGAUUCUGUACAGAACAGCUAGGACUCAGAUUGGAUCCCAGUGCACAUGGUGGGGAUCACAGGCAGAACGAGGCAAAGACAAGAAAGGAAGCUGCGGUCUUUCCCGUGUGGACAGCACGACAUGCCUGUUCCCUGUUGAGGAAAAGGCAGUUGAAUAUUACUUUGCUUCUGAUGCAAGUGCCGUGAUAGAGCACACCAAUCGUGUCAUCUUUCUGGAAGAUGAUGAUGUUGCAGCAGUGGUGGAUGGCCGUCUCUCUAUCCACCGAAUUAAACGAACUGCAGGAGACCAUCCUGGCCGAGCUGUGCAAACUCUCCAGAUGGAGCUCCAGCAGAUCAUGAAGGGCAACUUUAGUUCAUUUAUGCAGAAGGAAAUUUUUGAGCAGCCAGAAUCCGUUGUGAACACAAUGAGAGGAAGAGUCAAUUUUGACGACUACACUGUGAAUUUGGGAGGUUUGAAAGAUCACAUUAAGGAGAUCCAGCGGUGUCGGCGGUUGAUUCUUAUUGCUUGUGGCACAAGUUACCACGCUGGUGUGGCAACCCGCCAGGUCCUGGAGGAGCUGACCGAGCUGCCCGUGAUGGUGGAGCUUGCCAGUGACUUCUUGGAUAGAAACACUCCAGUCUUUCGAGAUGAUGUUUGCUUUUUCAUUAGUCAAUCAGGCGAGACAGCUGACACCCUGAUGGGUCUUCGUUACUGUAAGGAGAGAGGAGCCUUAACUGUGGGGAUCACAAAUACAGUCGGCAGUUCUAUAUCAAGGGAGACAGAUUGCGGGGUUCAUAUUAAUGCUGGUCCUGAGAUUGGCGUGGCCAGUACAAAGGCAUACACCAGCCAGUUUGUGUCCCUCGUGAUGUUUGCUCUCAUGAUGUGUGAUGACAGGAUCUCCAUGCAAGAGAGACGCAAAGAGAUCAUGCUGGGACUGAAGCGACUGCCAGACUUGAUUAAGGAAGUGCUGAGCAUGGAUGAUGAAAUCCAGAAGCUGGCGACAGAGCUUUACCACCAGAAGUCGGUCCUGAUAAUGGGGCGGGGCUACCAUUAUGCUACAUGCCUUGAAGGAGCCCUGAAAAUCAAGGAGAUUACUUACAUGCACUCGGAAGGCAUCCUUGCUGGUGAGCUCAAGCACGGCCCUCUGGCCUUGGUGGACAAGUUGAUGCCUGUCAUCAUGAUCAUCAUGCGAGACCACACUUAUGCCAAGUGCCAGAACGCUCUUCAGCAGGUGGUUGCACGGCAGGGGCGUCCAGUCGUGAUCUGUGAUAAGGAGGAUACUGAGACCAUUAAGAAUACAAAAAGGACAAUCAAGGUGCCCCACUCAGUGGACUGCUUGCAGGGCAUUCUCAGUGUGAUUCCCCUGCAGCUGCUGGCUUUCCACCUGGCUGUGCUGAGAGGCUACGAUGUUGAUUUUCCCCGGAAUCUUGCCAAGUCUGUAACAGUGGAGUAGAAGACACCUGAGACUUAAGACAGCUAAGCAACACGAGAAACCUUUUGUAUUUAAAUUUUUGAUUUAAAUACUAUUGCCUCCUGAAA